UUGAACUGGAACAGAUGUCAUAUUAGGAUUGUUUUGUUUCGAUACGAAUUGUUGUCACAUUUCGCCCCAAGUUCUCCAAAUGGAAAUCUUUAAAUUCUUCAAUCUGCCGUGGUUAGCGGUCCAGGAUGACAUAAGUCCGUGGAAGCUUCUGUGGCAUAGAGUCAAAUUCUUUUACGAUACUGACGACCUUUUCCGUUUGGAGUCGUUGGCGUUGGGCGUCUUUGUCGGGACGGUUGUUUUUAUAAACAUUUUGCUGCCGUGGAUGUGCACCAAGCGUUAUCGCAGACAGAACAACAUCGACCGACGAAUAGCAGCGGAGGUGAUGCAACAUCUGGAAGAACAUCGCGACUGCCUUAAAGAAAUCACAGAUCUUCUUACUCGUCAGAAUAAUGUUCGUUCUACUUCACAUGGUCCUUCAUCUGAGGAGCAGCCUUCUCGUGAAUCCACCGCAGACCUUAAGGGUGAAAUGGAAACAUUAGAAGGGCCAAAUCAAACAAAGAUUCCUGUAGCCAGACAGCUUCCGCCAACGGUGGGGAGAAAGGUCCGUACGAAGAAAACGCGAUCCGCGACUAAAUGAUGAAUAUAUUUAUUACUAUUAUAUACAUU